AUGCCGUCUCCAACCCACAAAGGAAUAAGAAGCAUCGGUGUUGUUGGGGCCGGCAACAUGGGUUCCAUGAUGACACUCCGGUUCGCCGAACUUGGUCUCGAAGUCUCAGUCUGGGACAUUGAAAAGAAGAACGUCGACCAAGUUGUGGACCAUGCGAGGAAAGACCAGGGCAUCAAAGGCCGAGUUUCGGGUUUCUACAACAUCAACCAAUUUGUGAAGAGCGUCGAGGGCAAGUCCGACCGCAAGCUGUUCAUGUUCUCCAUCACCCACGGUAAACCUGCAGAUGAAGUCCUUCAGAUGAUGAAGCCUGAUCUGAAACACGGUGAUAUUAUCCUCGAUGGCGGGAAUGAGAACUAUCGCAAUACCGAACGUCGACAGAAAGAGUGCGAGGCUAUUGGUGUCACCUGGAUUGGAAUGGGUGUUUCCGGCGGAUAUCAAUCUGCUCGACGCGGACCCAGUUUGUCACCUGGCGGUGACGCCAAAGCCAUUGGACGUGUUAUGCCUUUCUUGGAGUCGUAUGCUGCAAAGGAUUCCAAGACUGGUACGCCCUGCGUGAAGCGGAUGGGGCCAGGAGGUUCUGGUCAUUACAUCAAGAUGGUCCAUAAUGGAAUUGAAGGUGGGAUGCUGUCUGUUCUUGCUGAAGCUUGGUCUUAUAUGCAUGACGGACUUGACAUGGAACAUGAUAAGAUUGGAGACGUGUUUGCCAAAUGGAACUCUGCUGGCGAAUUGCGGAACAACUUCCUCAUUCACAUUGGUGACAAGAUUCUCCAUACUCGGAGAACCCCUCAAGGUGACAUCAAGGGGGAAGGUGCCAGUCGUGAUGAUGGAUAUGUCAUUGAUGAUGUUCUUGACAAGGUCGUUCAGGACGAUGACAAUACCGAAGGUACACCCAUGUGGUGUUUGAUGGAAUCUGCUUCUCGACAUGUCUCCUGUCCCACAUUAGCUGCUGCUCAUUAUAUGCGGAUCUCUAGCGGCAACCGUCUGGAAAGAGUUCGUGCUGCCAAGAAGCUGGAGAUGCCCAUGCCGAAACCCAUUCAGGGAACUCGUGAUUUCUCCGAGAUCAUUGAGAAUCUGCGCCAAGCCGUCUACUGUUCCUUCCUGGCUUCAUUCUGUCAAGGUCUGGAAUUGAUAUCUCGGGCAUCUAUUGACGAGAAUUGGAACGUCAACUUAGGAGAUUGUCUCCAGAUCUGGCGUGCUGGGUGUAUCAUCCAGUCUGACCACAUCGCCGAUCUACUGCAGCCACCACUUGCCGCCCACAACGAGCUCACCAAUACCAAGUUUGUUGAUUCGGUUGCCCAUGAGUUGCACCAAAGCUUCCAUGGUUUGAAGGAAAUCGUUAUGGAGGGAACGUAUUCUGAUCAAUACAUUCCAGCGCUGUCGGCGACUCUGGAAUAUCUGAAGUAUGAAGGUGGACUGAAUUUGCCCACCAAGUUCAUGGAGGCUCAGAUGGAUUACUUUGGGGCUCAUAACUAUAACAAGCCAGGUAUUCCCGGUGAGGACCCCGGCCCUGUUCAUAAAGGUCCUCAUCAUUAUGAGUGGCUGCCAGCGUAG